UUUGGGCUGGAAAGCAGAAGGCAAUCGAACAAGUGUUUGGCAAUUGGGAAGAGUCUUAUGCUGCUUUACCAAAAUUUUUGGGUGCACUUCAGAAGUUCAAUCCAGGACUAUAGUCGAGUGGUGUGUUUCAAGAUCAACCGAUACAGAACAUGUGGAGUUUAGACGUGUUUUCUGGGCUUUUGUUCCUUCUAUUAAGGGGUUUGCACAUUGUCGACCUGUGAUUAGUAUUGAUGGCACACACUUGUAUGGUAAGUACACGGGAAAGAUGUUGAUUGCAAUGGGAGUUGAUGGUAAUAAUCAGAUUUUGCCACUUGCAUUUGUUAUUGUAGAAAAUGAAUCAUAUGAUAGUUGGAAUUGGUUUCUUUCUUAUAUCAAGAGUCAUGUGGUGAAAGAGCGUGAAGGCAUUUGUUUAAUAUUUGAUCGUCAUUUGGGAAUCCUAAAGGUAGUCAAUGAGCAUGGAUCUCCAUGGUUAGAGCCACGUGGUUUUCAUAGGUAUUGUUUACGACAUUUUAUCAACAACUUUAAUGACAAGUUUCGCAAUUCAGAAUUGAAAGCUUUAGCUUAUCGUGCCGGGAGUCAGAAUCAAGUUCGAAAAUUCAACUCCAUCAUGGAAGAAAUUGGGAAGCUAAAUCCACAAGCUUGAUAGUGGCUAGAGAGACAUCCACUUGAUAGAUGGACACUUGCACAUGAUGAUGGGAGGAGAUAUGGGCUUCUUACAACAAAUUUGUCAGAGAUUUUUAACAGUGUACUUAAAGGUGCUCGUUUUUUACCAAUCACAGCUUGUGUCCAACUUACUUUCUAUAGAUUGAUACAUUAUUUUGAAGUGAGGCGUCCUUUAGGAUCUAGUGCCCAAGCUAAUGGAGAUGCAUAUACUCCUCAAGUUAUUGUAAAACAAGUUGCUUUGAUGUCAAAAGCAAGUGCACACUCAUUGAGAUCUUUUAAUCGAGAGAAAGGUAUAUUUAAGUUGAUAACUCAAAGAGGAAAAAAUGUGCAAGUAGUUAAUUUGGACAAAAAAACUUGUACAUGUGGUAAGUGGGAAAUAUUUAAAUAUCCAUGUUCUCAUGUUUUUAGUGUAUGUGCCAAACUAUCCUUGAAUAGUUGGCAAUAUGUUCAUAAAUGUUACUCCAUUGCAGAGUAUUGUUCUACUUAGGCAUCCAAGUUUUCCCCACUUCCUCAUGAAGCGUAUUGGCCACAAUCUCAAUCUAGACAAUUGCUUCCAAAUUUAGAGCUUUUACGGAAUAAAAAAGGUCGUCAUCGCUCAACAAGACUACGAAAUGGAAUGGACAUCAAAGAAGGAAAAAAUGGAUACCUUUGUGGGAUUUGUAGACAAAGUGGUCAUAAUCGGAAAAAAUGUCCCUCUAAACCAAGGUGAAUGCAGAGACAUUAAAGCUAAUUGGUUCAAUCAAUAGACAUAUUUAUUUUUUCAUUCCGUUUUUGUAAGAAGUCGUUAUUGGAUUUGUACCCAAAAAAUAUAUUGUGCGUUUGAUGUUGACUUUAAUCUACGAUGUCUAACAUUAUUGUUUUUAUCAAUUAAUCUUAUUUACAAUUAAGGACA